AUGUCAGCGUCUCCUCCAUCUUCACGCAUUCAACCCAAGUGGCAUAAGCCAAAGGACAUUUCCAAUGAACGCCCUGUCUUGAAGCUGUACAAUUCCCUCACCAAGUCCAAGACUGAAUUCGUACCCAAGCGACCUGGACACAUUGGUUGGUACAACUGUGGUCCUACCGUAUAUGACGCUGCUCAUAUGGGUCAUGCUAGAACCUAUUUGAGCAUGGAUAUCAUUCGACGUGUUCUCGAGUCUUAUUUCGGUUACAAGGUCAACUUUGUACAAAACAUCACUGAUAUUGAUGACAAGAUUAUUCUUCGUGCACGUCAACAAUACUUGUUCAAUGAAUUGAAGCGAUCCACAACUCAACUUGAUGAAAGCUUGAUCCAACAAGUCGAAUCUUCAUGGAACGAUUAUGCGGCAUCCAAAUUGGCCAAGGUGGAAGGUGCUGUCAGCGCAGCUACUGCGGAUUGGACAUCAUUUGAACAAAAGAUGACCGCUGAGGAAAUGGCCAAGGCUAUCCUAUUGGAUGAAAAGUUCAAGAUGAACUUUUCUGCAUUGCAAGUAUCACGCAAGGCAUUGGAGGCAGCCAAGGCAGCUAUCACUCAGGGUAAAACCGAUAAGCAAUCAGCAGAUGCAUUACUCGAUGCUUCUCAAGAUAUCCUUGCUACAUCCCUCGACAAGGCUAAAGGUCUUCAAGUGGAACAUCCCGAGAUUUUCCGUGAUCUGCCAGCUUAUUGGGAGGAUAUGUACUUUAAGGACAUGAAGGAAUUGAAUGUAUUAUCUCCCAGUGUCAAGACACGUGUCAGCGAAUUUGUUCCUGAGAUCAUCCAAUACGUCCAAAAGAUCAUUGACAAUGGUUAUGCCUAUGCCGCUAGUGGAUCCGUUUACUUUGACACUGCACGAUUCGACUCGCAAGAGAAUCACGACUAUGCUAAAUUGGCACCAUGGUCAAAGGGUGAUAUGGCAUUGAUUGAGGAUGGUGAAGGUUCCCUUGGUGCCAAGUUGGAAGGAAAGCGUAACCCAAGUGAUUUUGCCUUGUGGAAGGCAUCCAAACCUGGUGAGCCUGUUUGGGAAUCUCCCUGGGGCAAGGGUCGUCCUGGUUGGCACAUUGAAUGCUCUGUCAUGGCAAGUGCUGUUCUCGGUAGCAAUAUGGAUAUUCACUCUGGUGGUAUUGAUUUGGCCUUCCCUCACCAUGACAAUGAACUUGCUCAGUCCGAAGCCUACUAUGAUUGCCAUCAAUGGGUCAAUUACUUUUUGCACGCCGGUCAUCUUCACGUCGAAGGUCAAAAGAUGAGCAAGAGUUUAAAGAACUUCAUCACCAUCCAAGAAGCCUUGAAGACUUAUAGUGCACGCCAACUUCGUCUCUUUUUCUUGACACAUCAAUGGCACACCAAGAUGGACUUUAAGCAUACCGGCAUGCAAGAAGCAAUCCAAAUGGAAACUACCAUCAAGAAUUUCUUUGACAAUGUGACCGCCUUGGGUAACCGUAUCCGAUCAGACGGCUCUCGAGGAUCGAUCAAAUUGGAAAAUGGGGAUAUCACACAUCGUUGGAGAGAACCCGAGGAUGAGCUAUCAAGAUACUUCCAGGAUCGUGUGGAUGGUGUUCAUGCAGCCUUGUGCGAUUCUAUCAACACACCUGCUGCCAUGGAUGAAAUUGUGGCCCUUAUCAGUCAAACAAACAAGUACAUGGCACCUGGUGCCAGUGUUGUCAAUCUCGAAUUGCUUGAGGAUAUUUCAAGCUGGAUUCAGGGUACCAUGGAGAUGUUUGGUGUAGACAUUGGCAAGAAUGCUGCUGCCUCUGGAGACAAUGGUGAAUUCUUGAUGCAAUGCUUGCGUGAGCUCUCUUCUUUCCGUGACCGAGUGCGUCAAGCUGCUCUUGACAAGAAGGACUUUAAGGAAUACCUCAAGCUCUGUGAUGAAUUGCGUGAUGUACAGUUGGCCGAGUUGGGUGUUGCAUUGGAUGAUCAAAAGGAUGGCACUGCUUUGGUGAAGUUGUUGACGCCAGAAGAAGUGAAGAAAGCACGUGAUGAAAAGAUGGCAGCACAAGCAGCCAAGGCAGCUAAGGCAGCAGCUGCUAAGCAACAGCGUUUGCAAAAAGGAUGGGAACGGUUACAAAAGGGCAAGCAAUCCCCUGAGGAGCUUGAACAAGAACGGAAAAAGGAGAAUGCCGAGAUGUCCAAGAAUGCUCUAAAGAAGCUCGCAAAGGAAUUGGACUUGCAAAAGACCUUGCACAAUGACUAUGUAAAGUACAAAUCAUUCCUCGACUCAACCGGAAGCCAAGACAACCUAGCCAGCUAUGAAUCUUUUUUGGAUCAGGCUAAAUAG